CAUUUACAGGCCGUUACCUCGAAGCUCAGUUGUUUGCUGUUCUUAUUUCAUAGCAGGGUUACAGUACAGGUUGGCAAGUGUAUUCUCAUUAACAGGUGCCUUCAUGUGGCAAAUGGGCAAGGCAGCUAGCAACUUUCAGGCAUAAAAACAUAGCUACAACAAAUGUUGCGGCACGCCCGGGAUUGGCUUGGAAUGCUUUAGUUUAGGAGGUGGUUCGGGACCAUGGAGGGGCGAGCAGAUGCCCCUUUGAACGGUAAACAGGACGAACAUGCGCCAAAUCACUGGCAGAACUUUCCUGCGGGUCUUCGGCUGCUGGUGGUGGACGACGACCCGGUCUGCCUCAAGCUGGUUGAGCAAAUGCUGAGGAAGUGCUCUUAUGAGGUCACGACUUGCGCCAACGCCACCAUGGCGCUGAGGCUCCUACGGGAGAAGAAUACAGAGUACGACCUUGUCUUAUCUGAUGUCUAUAUGCCAGACAUGGACGGCUUCAAGCUUCUGGAAGUAGUGGGCUUGGAGAUGGAUCUUCCCGUUAUAAUGAUGUCGUCGAACGGUGACACGAGCAAUGUUUUCCGGGGCGUGACGCACGGCGCUUGUGAUUACCUUAUCAAGCCCGUACGAUUAGAGGAGCUCAGAAACCUCUGGCAGCAUGUCGUUCGGCGUCGUCGGCAGCACGCUCAGGAGGUGGACAGCGACGAGCAAAGCCAGGAGCGGGAUGAGGAUCAAAGCCGCAACAAACGGAAAGCGGACGCAGCUGGCUUCCUACACGACCAGUAUCGUGGUGGCCUCAACGGCGGCGGGGGCUCGGGCGCAGCGGACGAGCUGGGGCUGGACGGCGGGUCUAACAAGAAGGCCCGGGUGGUGUGGAGCGUGGAGAUGCACCAGAAGUUUGUGAAUGCGGUCAACCAGCUGGGGAUAGACAAGGCUGUGCCUAAGAAGAUCCUGGAGAUCAUGGGCGUGGACGGCCUCACGCGCGAGAACGUCGCCAGCCACCUGCAGAAGUACCGCCUCUACCUGCGGCGCGUGUCGGGGGUGCACCAGCAUGCGGGGCACCAGACGCGGCCCCCACCCAAGUCCUCGCCCACGCCGCCGCUACCGCAAGGUCAGCCCCUGCCCAUGCAGGCCCCCACCGGCCUGCAGCCGCCGCCGCCACAGCAGCAGCAGCCAUCGCAGCAGAUAGCCAACGGCGGUGUCAGUCCUUCAGCAGGAGCUGCAGCAGCAGCCAUGGCGGGGGGUGGGCAGCAGCCCGGCGGCCCGCAACCCCCAGGAGCUGCCCCCAGCAUGGCCCAGAUGACCGGCGGCGGCGCUGACGACGGUGUGAACAGCAUGGCAGUGGCGGCCGUGGCGGCGGCGGCUGGGGCGUUCCCUGUUCUGCCCCCGCCUCCGCAGCCCCAGCCGCACCCCCCGCCUCAGCACCAGCCGCACCCUGCGACGCUGCUGGCAGCCAACCCCAUGAUGGCCGCGGCUGCGGGCCUGAACCCGCUGCUGGGGGCCAUGGGCGGUCUGGGCGUGGGGCCGCUGGGGGUGGGGCCGUUGGGGCCGCUGAAUGGGCUGCCGCUGCCCGGCAUGCAGCCGCCACUAGGUCUCUUGCCUGGCUUGGCGGGUCCCGGGGGGCAACCUGGGAUGGGUCAGCUUGGACCCAUGGGUCUUCCUGGUCUGGCUAGCCUGCCCGGAGCGCUGCCGGGCGGCCUGCCCAUGAACCCCAUGGCUGGCGGGCUGCAGCAGAUGGCAGCAGCGAACCUCAUGCAAGGCAUGGCAGGCGGCAUGGCUCAGCUCCCUGCGUUGGCGGUGAACGGUCUCAUGGGGCCCUUGCCAGGCGUUGGGCUGACCCCCGGGCCCCACCAGCAGCCCAUGCUGCCCCCGCAGCAUCAACAACAGCUCGCGGAGCUGCAGCAGCAGCAACAACAGCAGCAACAGCAGUUGCAACAGCAAGCUAACCUGCAACAGCAGCUGUCAAUGCAGUUACAGCAGCAAGCGUCGUUACAGCAACAUGCCUCGCUACAACAACAGCUGUCUAUACAGCAGCAGCAACAACAACAACGGCAGCUUCAACAGCUGCAGCAUCAGACGUCUUUGAACCGCUUGUCCUUGCAACAGCAGCCGCAGUCGCAGCAGCAGCAACAACAACAGCAGCACCAAUCACCGCAACUCCAGCAGGCUCAGCACGGCAGCCUGGCGCCCGCAGGAGCAUCACCACACCUCCACGCCUUGCCCCAGCUUUCGCAACACCAGCAGCAGUCGCAGCAGCAGCAGCUUAGCUCAACUCUUGGCGUCAUGCCCGGCGCUGCCGCUGCCCUGCAUGCAGCCUCGCUCCAAGCACAACACCCUGUCCAUGCAGACGGCAGUUUGGCCACCGCCGCGGCGCAGGCCAGCCUGCCUUCGGACCUGAUGGGGGUGGGGCUGAUGGAUGUAAGUGGCAGGGGCAACGUCAGCAGCAAUGGUUUUGGAGCUCGCGCCAGAGGAUCGGUGCAACAGACCCAUGGGACGGUACCCGGCCUCGUGGACACCAAUAUCUUGCUGGACGGUGAGGAUCCCUCCGACAUUGCUGCCGUAUUCCAAGAAAUGUACGGCAAUGGCGGCGGCGCGGGAGGAGGCAGCGGUCCGGGCGGCGGCGGCGGCACUAACGCAGCCGCAAUGGCGGUAGCAGCCAUGCCCGGGGGUCCUCGCGGGCAUCAUUUGGGAGCGGUCGGGAUGUUGGGUGUGGCUGGGGACAGCGGAGGGCUGAUGGCGGUGCCCGACCCAAAUCGGGGGGUCGUCAUGGAGGAUGACUUUUUCAGUUUCCUGCUGAAGAACUGAUGGGGGCGUGUCCCGCGUGUGGUCUAGGGGCUGGUGCUGCGCUUUGCCGCAGGCGCUGUGUUGACCACGGUUGGGCCGCAGCUGUUGUUCGUAGGCACGCGGCUUGGAGCGUCCCACGGGUCGUUCCACGGGUCAGUGGUGUCCUGGCGCCCGGCUGCUGCCAUGUGGAGCGCAUCCACUGCUGCUGAUGAGUGCACGCUGCUAGGCGGGGGGCUUGCUGACGAGAGGCACAAGCACAAAGAGGAGAGGUGGCUGGUGCUACUGUUGCUGCUGCUAUUGCUGCUUCUAUUGCUUGACUGUAGUUGAGGACAAUUUUAGGUUUUAUUGUACGCACUGUGCCGAGUGCCGCGGAGGAGCGCCUGCAUCUCUUCAUCAUCAUGAGGGCCCUGGGCCCUGUGUCCUGCUACAGUCGGGAGUGCAUCGGAGGCGGCGGGAGUGCGGGUAUGAGAGCGGGCCACUGAUGCGGCUGCAUGAGGCUGGUGAUUACGUAGGGAGAGGUGUGUCAUGCGUCUUGCGCGAUGCUGCUGCGCCACUGAUGUAUCGUGUUCCGUGCUAGGCUGUGCUACUCGGUGCCAUGCCAAGCAGCGUUUUUUGGUGCUUGCCGGGCCUUGCUGCUAUCUGCGCAUUUUGUCAGUGCCCCACCCCGCAAUGCCUGCUUGGGUUGGUGGCUGCGCUAUUGAGCUGAAGAGUGUGUGACGUGAGGGAGGGUCGCGGGGUGAUGAAAAGCGAAGAAGCUGUCACUUCUCAUAUCAAGGGUACGAGUGUGAUUUACUCUGACAGUGAGAGGAGAAGUGUGCCGGAGAGGGAGGGCAAGCAUUGUCGCGCUUGUGGUCGAGGGAGAGGCGAGGCGUGGUGCUGUUGGCGGUUGGGUUGGUUGUUUCGAGUAACCUUACCUAACUGCGUCGGCGCGGAAUUGACCAGCCUCCGAGUUUGGAUGACCCAUGGGUCGUCUAGGCUGCUUUAAACGUAGACAUGCCCCUAUGGUGCUCUGGGGUUGGAUCCCGAUUUCCUUGCUUUUUAUGUUUUCCAGGAAUGCAUUCGGUGAAAUGAUCUGUCGUGAGGAGUGAGGAGGGCACCGUCGUGAUUGAGAGCCGGGACGUCCAGAGGAGGGAGCCCAGUGCCCAUUGAGUUGCACGCCGCUGCCAACUCCAUGUGUCUUUGCAUGGCGGAUGGCGACUCCAUAUUGAGGAGUAGGGGCCAAUGGGUCCGCAAGAAUGUUUAGUGUUUAAUAAUCUAUAUGCUCUCUCGUUUUUUCCUCGCUUGAGUAGGGGUUGCGUGAUAUUGCCACGGUACUGUAUGUGUGUGUUCCAGGACUUGAAUGAGCGGAAAACGCUAUUGGGCGGUCGUUGGUCUUGGCGGCUGGUCACACGGCGUUGUCGUGGCGCUGCUGAGGUGCGCUGGAGGUAUCUGCUGGAGUAGGAGGCAGGCAGGUAGGCACGGGAACAGGCACUGAACAGAAACAUGGAUGGCGCCUUUUGGCGAUACAUGUACAGCAGGUGGGUGAUGGCGUGGGGGCUCGAAAAGGUGUGUAACAGAGAUCCUCAGUCCUCGUAGGAAGACCCACGGGUCACUGCUGGUGUGUGGCUAAUGCGCAGCUGAGGGCAAACUUUGCGCUGAGGGGCUAAGCUGAAGCUUCCCGGGCCGGAGCCUGGAGAGGACAACAGACCCGCGGGUCGGUUGGUUCCGUGUCAUGACGGAUCAACUCCCCGCUAGCUGCGUUCCGGCUAACAGACUUCUCUGGGUGAGCAGCAGGCAGCGUAGUCGGGUGGAAGGUUGCAACGGUAGUGCUUUACCCCUGUUGUUGCGUGCCGAGCCCGGCAUAACCAGUUUUGAAAGUGCUGCGCGUUAAGUGGGGAACUGUGCGUGUGAGUGGGAGGCAAGACCAAUGUGCAAAAGGAAGGCAAAGCGGUAACAACGCAUGCGGGAUGUUGAGCCCUCAGAGCUGCCAGGCGGAGAAGUGCUGUUGACGCGGGAGUGUGCGGCAUUGCACCGUACGGCACUAUGCGGCAGCUGGAAGCUUUCUGAGGGUUCUGACAGGACCUGGGGUUUGGAACUUUGGAUGGAUGCGUCCAGAAGGGAACCCCUGCGAUUGGCGUCAUGCUUUGCCUAUUCUAUAGCUUUGCCUGGUAGGUUUAGUCUCUAGCCUGUGUUGUGUCGUCUUCGUUAAGCGCUUCUAUGCCCGUCUGCGCACCUCGCGAGCGAUGAGGACUCUACUUCGUUCAGUGGCUUGGAGGGCUGCAAGCGUGACGGUCGUUAAACGUGUGAAAAGCCAAUUGAGCUGCAGGACUGACCCUGACCCUUUGUGAAGUAGGAGGCGCUGCCAAAGUAUGUAGUACGUAAUAAAUGUUUUCACGUUGGUGUGGGGACGUGUGUGUGACACUGUGUGGGGGAAGGUGUAUGGAGGUUAAACGAGGGCAGGCAGGGAAUGAGGGAGACAGCAGGCGGCAUGGUUUCAUUCCGGGCAUGGGCUGUAUCACUCGAGGGAUUGCUGCACGUUUGCGUUUACUGCUUGUGUGUUGACUUUAUUUGUCCUGCCUUUGGUAGGGCCUGCCGUGGUGAAUGACCUCUGGCCGUGUUAAGAAGACGCGUACCGUAUGCACGCCCUAACGAGCCUUAGGAGCAGUUUUCCAGGUACCUUGUAGUUGUGUUUGCUUGGUCAGAGCCUGGCCUGGGAGCAGUUUUUGAGACAUCCGCAUACGCCCUGGGCGUGAGUCCUUGAGUUUGCGAGUGAGGCUCCCAGAAGUGAAGCGUUGUUGAAUGAUGUGACACAUAAGGAGUGGAGGACGUGCGCGUGUGCGGUAAUGCAGAGGCCAUGGAAUGGAGGCGAAAAAGUGGGGCCUAAACUGGCAGCAACUGGCUACCAUUGAGACAUAAAUUGCCGUACUCAGUCAUGCUGCCACAGGGGUUUGCUGCUGCUGGGUAAGUGCUUCUGCGGUACGAGGCAAUGUGAUAUGUAGGGCCUGUGGUAGCAGGCAUGGUGGCUUGCGAGGCUGUAGUGUGUUUAAGAUCGACUGGCGUCUCCAUUGCGUCUCACAGCUCUCACUACCUAACGUCGCAUCUAGGGCUACAAGACUGACGAAGUGGGGUGGGGACUUGUGUCGCAACACACGAAACCUCGGCCUUACCCACGCAAG